AUGUCGUCGAUAGCAAUGAGCCGUGGUGGCUCAGGGGAGCCUCUGCUCGGUGCCCAGGCCCGCAGGGCGUCGCUGCCGACGACCUUCUCCCCGCCUGGGUCGCCGACCAUCUCGGGCGGUCGCUCGGUCGGGUCGCUCGCGUCGUCGAUCAAAAUGGCUUUCCCGACGCGACGCCAACUCGUGAUCGUCUUCCCCAUGUUGGUGUUGGGUAUCUUUGCCUACACAAGCGAGCGAUCGCUGUCGAACCACGCCUCAAACCUUAUUCAAUCGACGCAAUCGACCGCUUCCAAAUACUGGCGCGCCGGUCGACUGUCUUGGCCCGCAUUAGCGGACAACAGGGGCGGCCGCACGAACGGGAGGCGCGUGCUGAACACCCAGGAGGCGAAUAUCCAAUGGACCGAAGAGGAACAGUGGCUGAGAAAUUGGAAGUGGGAUUCGCCUGCCGUUCACGAGAGUCUGCAGGUCCGGCUGGAUCAGAUGACCCCUGUAAGUUGGCGCGUUGCGGCGUCGGUGGAAGCAAGACCUUCCGAUCCGGGUUGUGUUUCAAACUGACCGUUUUUUCUCGUCGAUUCACAUCGCUUCUCAACGAUCUGGCUCGUGUCUAUCAGAGCGAAGAACACCUCCGAGACUGGACCAGGACCUUGCGGCUGAAAACCAGAGCGGGGACAGGGAUUGGACUCGGCGCCGAUGAUCCGCCGCGGCCGAUUUCAUCGGGGGAUGAGGACGAGGAGUGGCGCAGGCAGUGGACGUCGCAGAACGGCAUCAAAUACUACGGGGGAUCUUGGCCAAAGUGAGUGAAGACCAGAUACAAUAUUGAGCUUGUGAUGCCUUCUGUUCGGGACUGACGGUUUGAAUCACAUGUGUUGUGCUCGCCCGAAGGUUCUCGCAGUUGCUCGAGGAGGCCAUGACGGGGCAAUCGUACGGGUCUUGUCCCAAGUUCGACUGGGAGGAAGAGUACGCAAAACUGCACGAAGAGGUGCGUCUCGUCAUUUACAGGCCUCCUGUCUCGGAAAAGUCCUUUUUUUGAGCUCACACUCUGCGGCGUUCCCACCAGGUUAUGACGAGACAGCGCGACACCCGAAUCAUGGAAAUCGCUUGCUCAGCUGGAAGUGUCUGCGGUGGCCUGGCGGAUCGGUAGGUCAUACUCUGGGCUCUGGAGUUGGUUUCAAACACACUGAUGCCGAUUUGCUCUCGACCGCAGUUUGAUCGGGUUGUCUUCGACGUUCCUGUUCGCGGUCUUGACCAAACGUGCUUUCGUCCUCGGCUGGGAGCAUCCGAUCCCACCCGACAUCGUCUUCGACUCGCCGCGCGUCGACUGGUCCACUCGUUUCCGCGCCCACUCGACCGCACCCCGAGCGCUCUACAAUGCAGACAACUUGCCGGUGCCUGCCGUGAUCGAGGGCCACAACAUGAAGGGCCCCAGUGUAGAUGGCUUUUGGUCAAAUUUCCAUGAAACUUACGCCAACGAGUCAUGGAUCAAGGUUAGCGAUGCACGAUAAGCCCUUUUCGAACGCAUCAGAGCCACUAAUACUCGGACUGCUCCCCUUCAGAUGGAGGGUUUGAACCGAGGCGUCUUGUUCCGUGCGUUUAAGUACGAUCACGCGGGUCUCGGUCUGCUGGACAUGGGCCUGAAGGAAGAAACGAUUUACCGCUGCCUGCUCAACUACAUCGUUCGACCGAAACCGAGCUCGCUCGAGUUCAUCACGCGAUACACGUCGUACUUUUCCCUCCCGUCUGUCUUCAGCGUCGGACUCCAGAUCCGAACGGGGGAUCGAGCCAUGGUGAGUCGAUCUUGAUCAACGUUGGAGCCGAGGACACGCUGCUGACGCGGCGCUGCUUCCUGUCUCCUCACAGACCAACCUAGCUACCGAUGCGGCGAUCAACACGAUGAAUUACCACUCGCAGUUUUUCCAAUGUGCGCGCGAGGUCGCAGAGACCUACUCUCAACCGGGCCAACGCGUCUUGUUCUACCUCAUCACCGACUCAGGCGCGCUGCGCCAGCAAGCUCUGCAGGAAUUCCCCGGCACCGUCGUCACCGGGUUCUUGCCAGUUCAUGGGGAACACGGUGGAAGUGGUCCUGUGCGGGAAGAGUACGAGAAGAUGCAGCAGCUCGGGGACAAGCUUUUCGAUCCCGAACAGGCCGAAAAGGAUCUGACCGACAUGUACAAUAGCGUGGCGGAAGCAUGGUGAGCUCGCAAACCGCGUCUUUACGCUUUGGAGCGGUCUCUCGGGGUGACUGCUGACUUGGUUCGAUUCUCUCUGUACCUUGUUCGCAUAGGAUAUUUGCAUGUUCGUCUGCGCAUCGCUCGCUACUCGGGCUGCUUCACACAUGCGCGUGACGUGCUGACAUUUGCCGCUCUGCCAUUUUCCCCUACAGCCACUGAUUUCCAAAUCCUUACCUCAAGAUCCGGUUUUGGCAAAAUUCGUGAGCACGCCCCAGUACACCCAGUACACCCAGCGAGCGAGCCAGCCAGCGCUGACCCGUCCCAAUCCCUUUAUGGAACCCCUCAGCGACAUGGAUGAGAGGACAUCGAGGUGCAACGAUCAAUCUGCCCCGGAGCGAAAUGGACGAGCGGGGCAGGAAACUGAGGCUACCGCGGAUUGAUUGCGCUCGAGAGAAAGAGUGGGUCGCCGCGCUUGACUCGUGCUCACGGACGUCUUGGGACUGACUAUGAUCAUCAUGUGACUGUGCAGGCUAGCGACCUUUAGCUCUAUCGCACAAGAAUGGUAAGCCCGCUAUUGGCUCGGAAGACGCCGCCGUAACACGCUUACUGACGAGACCUAUCAUCCUCCCCUACAGGUCUCUCGGAUAA